AUGAUGCGUCAAUCCAUCACAGGCCUGGCGAGGGCUUUCCUCGCCCGCCCGGCUACCCAGCCGGUGCGCGUCGUCAUUCAAUCGACAUCACAAAGGACGUUCUCCUCCCUCCCCUCGCUGCGUCCGUCCAUCACACCUCUCACAUCCGCCUUCCGCCGGCCGAAUGCCACGCCGUUCACGCCCUCGACCGUCGAUGGUGCCAUUGCCGACUUGGUCCCCACGAGCGCCAUCACCGAGCACCCUGCCCUGGGCGCCAUGCAACUCCGCUGCGGUCCUCGCAACACCAUGAACCGCAACACCCGCCUGAUCCAGAAGCGCAGACACGGCUUCGUUUCCCGCAUGAAGACCAAGGACGGACGCAAGAUUGUGGCACGGAGGCGCCAGAAGGGCCGCACGAAGCUCGGCGUUUGAAUGUAACGUGGGAGGAUAGAGCUACGGAGCACCGUGGAAAUGACCAGACGACAUUGCUGCGGAUGAGGAGAGAAUGGCACGAUUACCCCAGACAGAGUUCUCAGGGAUGGCGUGGCCAAGGUUGGGCGUGGCCUAAGCCGGAUUGAAGAAAGAUUCCAACAUUAGAGCCUCCGCGAGAGGUAGUGUUCAAUAUGUAUCAAUAUGAAGCCAAUGUACAACAACUCAACCAGUAGGUUUCAGGGAAUUCGUUGGAUUUUGCGGGAAUCGCUUGCCGUUGCAAGCAUCCAACAUUCAUUCUCAUGCAAGUGUCUAGGUCGAGACAGUGGUUCUCUAUGCCGAGAGUGAAGAGAUUAUGUUCCUGGCGACGCCCUCAAUUGCAUGCUCUCGGGCACGGCGAAGGUGU